AUGGGUAACACUGCGCAGGAAUCUGCGGAAGAUACUGAAGAAACCGAAAGUGAUUUGUCAGGGUCAUCCAUAUGGGCGUCAGAGUCACACGGAGAGCAUUCAACUGGAUCAGGAGAGGAGGACGAUAUCGAUUCAUUAACUAAUGAAGGAACUGUUUCACCAGCAAGUAGUGGAUUCGAAAUCGGCUCUCCAGUUAUCGUUGACCUGCCCUAUUCAUCGGAAGAAGAAACAGAGCGGAACAGUUAUGAACGUUCGUCAAGGCCUUCAAAAAGAAGUCAAAAUCCUGUGAGAAGACCUAGUCGGAGACAGUCAUUGGUUGAUGAAAAAGCCAGCGAAGAGUCAUCCGAAAGUGAAGAUUCCUAUGGAACCACUUCUUCAGAGUAUGAAGCUGUUCAGCAUUCACACGUGAAGUCCCGAGAGCAACCUACAAGUGAGCAGUUUGGAAUCUUCACGGAGAUUCCAAGUCCUGAGCGACCAUUUCUACGACCGCCGAGCGCUACUGCAAAGGAGCUCAUGGAAAUUCACAAGAACUAUCGACGUGGAUGCAACCAAGAGUGGCCUGUACUUCUUCCGCCAAAUUUGGAUGAGGAUUUGCAGAACCUGGAUCACAGCGACCCAAGCAAACGACCACGUUAUCUACCGCUCGCACCGCCGUACCAUCUAUUGCCGAACACGUCAUUCUUCAGGAAAACUGCCAUAAAGCCUCCUCCCACGUACUGCUCCGAUGGAUUGCCCCCUCUAAAACGGAUUAUCAACCGGUAUUUGGCUAGUAUACUGAUCGAUCACAUGAAAAACGAGGAAGAGCUACGAAUCUUUAUGCAACAAAGAAAAAGGCAUAUUCAAAGAGAAAGUCAAACACGCGAAGGAGAACAGAAGGCAGUUGAUGAUGCGGAAGAGGAUGGAGAGAAAGUACCUAGAGAAGAGCAGUCGCUGAAUCUCCACCAUCGGCAAAAAAGAAAGCCUCGGGUUGUCAUACAACACCUUCUCUACGGUGGUCAACUCAUCCACUACAUCCAGGACGGUAACGACCCUCCUCCUAUUCCUGGAUACUUCACAAAUGCUCCUUUGAUACCGAGCAAUGUAAGAAUUACUCGCGAACUCAAUGGCGCUGCCCCACUAGAGUACCAACAGCUAAGAACAGCGCAAGGAUUCCAGUUUGUUCCCCUGGGGCAAACUGCCGACGAGUGUGGAGAAGACCCUCUCAUGGUUGUGCCUGAAGCCUCUACACCCUCUUUGGUAAUGUCCUCUCAGGCAGUGUCGCCUCCUGAAUCGCCGGCUGCUUCUGAUGUGGACGAACCCGUUGAUGACCCAGGAGAACCACCACCUGAGUUCAGCGUCGUCGCUACAGAAAGAUACGCGAGUAUCUCCAUUACAUCGAAUGUCUUGAAUUUAAAAUUCGCUGAGAGACGAGUAAGCAUAUGCCGUUCUCCGCAACAAGGAUAG